AUGGAUCCCCAGGGAGAUCAGGCCACGUAUGGGGUCUGGAAACAUAAGGCCCAGCACUUAAUUCGGUCUCUGACUACAGCCAACCAGUCUUUCCUGAACCUCGGGGGAGAUUCACUCAAGGCGCUGCUUGUCGUCUCCGAGUUAUUGCCGUUUAAUUAUGUCGCCGAACUGGGAGACCUUCUUCGAGCGGAUUCCCUGGCCACUGCAGCCGCCUCUCUCAAGUACGAGGUGAUAGCGCAAACUGAUCAAGAGCCGCCAGCCCCGUAUAGCCUCAUCAAGGGCGGACCAGACGUUGACCCAACAAUAUACGAGGACGCAUACCACGCUACCCCCUUCCAGGAGGGGAUCAUUUCCGCGCACCGAAGUAACGGCGGAUACGUGUAUCACCGAGCCUUCAACAUUAAGGGAUACGAGAUACCCAGGCUGCAGCAGUCUUUCCAAAAAGCCAUCAACGCGAACCCCAUCUAUAGAACGAGCUUCCUCGAGAACGGCACAGCCUUCCUGCAGGCCGUGAACCGGCAAUUCCAGCUCCCCUGGCAGAUGAUAUGCGACAUCUCGAUCGAAGACUAUGUAUCGCACAAUACAUCCCAGGAUAUGGAUCUCGGGCAACCUCCGAUCCGAGCCGCCAUUAUCAACGGCGAGAUCCUCAUCGUCACCAUGCACCAAGCCCUCUUUGACUUCUGGUCCUCCAAAUUCCUCUUCCAAGAUGCAGCAGCUGUCUACCACAAUCAGCCCUUAGUGGUCAGACCCCCCUUCAACAUCCUCGUCCGUCAUUCCCAGAGAUUGGAUGAGAACAUUGCCGCAGACUUCUGGUCCGGGUACCUUCGGAACGCUGCUGCAACGCUGCUCACAACGGAAACUGCGCCGUUCAACGCUCUCAAGCGAACCAUCCAGUUUGACCUUCGCACGUUUACCGCCUCUGCGGGUGUCACGACCGGUGCGCUUAUGUACGCCGCUUGGUCAAUUAUUCUCUGGAAGCACACGGGAAGCGCUGACAUUACCUUUGCCAUCACGCUUUCGGGGCGCGAUGCUCCGAUCCCGGGGAUCCAGGAUCUGAAUGGACCGACCAUGACCACUGUCCCUAUUCGGGUUCGGCUGGAGCCAAACCUCGCGGAUCACCACAUCGUUCUGCCCCCCAUCCAAAUUGAUGUUGAAUGCAAUAUUAUUGACAGAGAUCUCGCCGUUUUCAACUGGCCAUCCGAGCUUGCUCAGGGCACCCCGAGCAAGUGGCGCCCCGGUGUCGCUGAAGGUAUAGACAGUGCACAGACAGCUGCGGAUAUCCUUGGCGAAGAGUGA